CUUCUUCUUUAGUCAAGAAAGUUGGGGAUCAAUUCGAGCAAAAAUGAAGCAGCUUAUUCACUCUCCUGUUCUUCUUCUAGAUUAAGUUCCAGAAUCUUGCUUGUUGAUUUCCGUCGCCAUUGUUGAAUUAGUGAUUCGAUUGGAACAGAUUGGUUUGCUAGGGUUUAGGUGCAACGUGCAAGAAGAUGGAUCGUAUCAGCGAUCUACCAGAUGAAAUUAUUAGGCUAAUCGUGAGUUUUCUUGCUGCAAAGGAUGCUGCGUCUUUGUUGGUUACCUCAAGGAGGUUUAGGGAUAUCUAUACCAUCAUACCAGAUCUUGUGUUCGAUGACACAUCUAAGCUUCAGGGGACUUUCACGGAUUUCGUGAGUGAAGCAUUGGCUCGGCUGGAAACUACUACGCGCAUAAGGAGGUUCUCUUUAAAAUCUCAAAGGCGUCUUCUUGAUCAAGAUCGUAUCAACCACUGGCUACGUGAUGUGUUAAAUCAUCGUGGUGUCAUGGAUACUGAAAUUUGUAUAUAUGGUGGUUAUGGAUAUACAUUGCCUUUGGAGAUCUUCACUUGCAAGACUGUCAAGAAGCUUGAACUUGGGAGGCAAAUCUUUAUCAGUGUGUUACCUCAGAAUGCAUUGCUACCAGCGCUUGAGACUCUCAUUUUUGAAUCCGUUCUGUUCUGUAAUCUUGGUGAUUGUGCGUUCCAAGCGUUUCUUUCGGCUUGCCCUGUGCUUAAGGAACUAAUAAUUGAUGGUAUGUGCUGGGAAACUUGGGAAUGGUCAGGCACCGUGUCUAGUCAGAGUCUUCAAAGACUUACAAUUCGUCGUGAUAUGUCUGAAGGUUUUAAUGGGCUCUAUGUUCCUCACUACAUUAGUUUUGAUACUCCAAGUCUUGCCUACUUAGACUACUGUGAUUUUGUCCCGGAUGGGUAUACAACUGUUAAUUUCGAGUCCCUUGUGGAAGCUAAGCUCAAUCUUCAUUUGAUGGUAAAUGAUGGUGAUAUCUUAUCUAGCAAUGCAACAAAUCUCAUUCAAGGGAUAAGGAAUGUCAAGAUCCUGCAACUCUCAUCUCCUAAUACUUGUGAGACGUUUAACGUCUUCCGUGAUGCAAUUCCGGUAUUUGAAAAGCUACGUCAUUUAACUAUGACACAUGAUAAUGCCAUUUCCAUGAGAUUCUGUUGGAGGUUUCUUCCCUUUUUGCUAAAUAAGGCUCCAAAUCUGAAGACCCUUGUUAUCGAGGAUGGAUUGCACUAUGUUAAAGAACCUGACUAUGUGUGCGAGUGUUUGUCGGGAUAUUCUUGUCUAUUGACAUGUCCAGUAGAGGUCUUGGAGAUAACUUUAUGGUAUGGCGGGAGGACUGGUGAGUUGCAGCAAGUAAAACAUUUCUUAGGAAAGUUGUCACGUCUGGAGCUGCUGAAAGUUUAUACUUGGAGCGAAAGUGAGAAUUUAAGAAUCCAGACGGAUAUUCAAAUGUUUCCGAGAGCUUCACCAAACUGCAGGAUCCAGCUCAGUUAUAUUUGAAAACUACUAGGCUCAAUCAAGUAUGAAGAACAAACUUUGGUCCUCUUAGUUGCUUAAGUCUGUUGGAACAUGAAUCUGAUUUGUGCACAUUCUUGGUCCUCCUAGCUAGUUAUCUGCUGACUGCUGUCGUCCUAGCUAGUUAUCUUCAGUAUGAUUCUAUCAACUUUGAUAGGCAGGUUUUCAUUUUGUGUUUCGAUGGGUUCUUAGUUUAUGUAACAACUGAUCAUGUGAAAUUUUAAUCGAUGUGACGAAAAAGAUUUAAUCAAAG